AUGCACGAGGCGCGAACGCUACACGCGGCCAACAAGCGGCUCUGCCGGCUGCGGGGGUCGCCUCAAGACUUUAGCAGGGUCCCGGCAGCGAUCCUCUACGGCGACUUCCACCAGUUCCGGCCGGUGGCGAAGACAGGGCGUUCGCGGCCGAGCAGCGGCGGCAGCACGACAAGGCGCACGCGCUAUAGGAGGUUCACGACGGUCAUCAUGCUAGACAAGCAGAUACGGGCCGCCGGCGACCCGGAGCUGCGGCGGCUGCUCGGCGGAUCCGCCGAAGGGGGCAGGACCCAGGCGGCGCGCGACUUCCUCUCCAAGAACAAGCAGAAGGAGGGCGCGCCGAUGGGGGAGGAGGCGGUGCUAGUGCUAGGCUACGACGACGACAGCGCGACCCCAGUGCCGGCCGUCCUCGUCUUCGUGCCCGGCAUGCCAGUCGUCAUAAACCAGAACACGCACCAGGGGCUAAAGCCGGUGAACGGGGCCAGGUACACGGUGGUAGACGCGAAGAUGGUGAAGUUGGAUUACCAGCCAGAUGACUAG